UACAUAUCUGUGACUUGAAGCUAUUUCUCCAAUAUCGUUUUCCAUCUUCUCUGUUUCAUUUUCACAAUUCACAUCUUCCUUGUGAAUAAAAUAAACCCUAAAACCUAAUCCCGAAGUAAACUCGUCAACCACUGCGCCCAUGACCUCCCAACGAUACCCUUCCCUUAUAUGCUUCCUCUUCCUUCUUCCUUUAUGGGAUCCAAACCUUCGCACACAUCUCCGGUAGAUAUGAAGAUUCGCUCUUGCCUCUCCGCCAUUCUUCUGUUCCUCUUCUUCUCCGCUUCUUCCUCUGAACAAAAUGUCCGGACAGAGCGAAUUUCAGGAAGUGCUGGUGAUGUUUUGGAGGAUAAUCCAGUGGGAAAGCUUAAGGUUUUUGUAUACGAGCUUCCAAGCAAGUACAACAAGAAAUUACUCCAAAAGGAUCCUCGAUGUCUUACACACAUGUUUGCUGCUGAGAUUUUUAUGCACAGGUUCCUUUUAUCUAGUCCUGUUCGAACGCGUAAUCCCGAUGAAGCUGAUUGGUUUUACACGCCAAUUUACCCUACUUGCGAUCUCACUCCUACCGGCUUGCCAUUGCCUUUUAAGUCUCCGCGUAUGAUGAGAAGUGCGAUACAAUUAAUUUCAUCGAAUUGGCCUUAUUGGAAUCGGACAGAAGGAGCUGAUCACUUCUUUGUUGUUCCCCAUGACUUUGGAGCUUGCUUCCAUUAUCAGGAGGAAAAAGCCAUUGAAAGAGGGAUACUUCCGCUUCUCCAGCGUGCCACUUUGGUUCAAACAUUUGGUCAAAGGAACCAUGUCUGUUUGGACGAAGGCUCGAUCACUAUUCCUCCUUUUGCACCUCCACAGAAGAUGCAGGCCCAUUUUAUUCCUCCAGAUAUUCCACGUUCUAUCUUUGUCUACUUCCGCGGUUUAUUCUAUGAUGUUAACAACGACCCAGAAGGGGGCUAUUAUGCAAGAGGUGCAAGAGCAGCGGUGUGGGAGAACUUCAAAAACAACCCUCUAUUCGACAUCUCAACAGAUCACCCGACAACAUACUACGAAGACAUGCAAAGAGCCAUCUUUUGUCUAUGUCCUCUAGGAUGGGCUCCAUGGAGCCCGAGGUUAGUUGAAGCGGUUGUGUUUGGGUGUAUUCCAGUUAUCAUAGCGGACGACAUAGUACUGCCUUUCGCAGACGCCAUCCCCUGGGAAGAAAUAGGAGUCUUUGUUGCGGAAAAAGACGUCCCUGAACUAGACACGAUCCUAACCUCAAUACCAACAGAAGUGAUCCUCAGGAAACAGAGACUCCUGGCAAACCCUUCGAUGAAACGAGCCAUGCUUUUCCCUCAACCAGCGCAACCAGGGGAUGCAUUCCAUCAGAUACUUAACGGGUUAGCUCGGAAGUUGCCUCACGACAAAAGCAUAUACUUGAAGGCAGGUGAGAAGGAACUGAAUUGGACUGCUGGUCCGGUUGGUGACCUUAAACCUUGGUAAACUCAGAAGAAUUAAAUGUCUUGUUUGUCACCUUAGAGUUAUUAUUUCUGAGAUAAGAGCAUAUGUUGUUGCCUUUUUUUAGCACUUAAAAACAUUAGAGUCCUCCGUGUGGAUUAUUUUUGUAGAUAACAUUACUCGAGGUACAUGUACCAAGUUUGAUGUACACUUCUCUUCGGUUGAUCAUAAUAUCAUUUACAUUAACACUU